UACUCAAGCUUUGGCUCAUUUUAUUCAAAGAAAGCUCCUUUGCCCUUGUUUUUUUUAUCUGUUUUGAGCCAUCUUCAAGCUAGGGUUCUUUUGUUUCUGCAUAAAAAAUGGGGGUUUCCAAGAAGCAGCAGCUGGAUGGAGUAUUGGAUUCCGAAGGGCAGGAAUGGGUAAUCGCCGGAAUCUCGAUACUGACUUCAUUGAAGCCGAUAAUCACGAAGUCGACAUCUAAAGAAAUCGAAGAAGAAGAAGAGAGAUGUUCAACAACUCCAACUUCAAGAGAAGCAAAGAUACCAGAGAAAUUGACAUGCCCUUUAGCUCCAAGGAAGCGUAGGCCUACACUAAGAUGCCAUUACAAUGGAGUUAGGGAGUUCUUUACCCCUCCCGAUUUGGAAUCUGUGUUCAAUCUCCGUGUUUGAGCUUGAAGAAAUUUGGGGUUCUGUAGGUUAGCAAAAAUAGCAGACAAGAGCUCAGGGUGUAUAAAGAUAUGAUAUUUUGUAUGACAUAGUGUAGUGUAGUUUUUGA